AUGGCCUUUUGUUCAGAUCUUAAGGGGCCUUGCCAUGAUUUUCAAUGUCACUCUGGUUCCAUGUGUGUGGUGAAAAAAGAGAAGCCGGUCUGCGAAUGUCCAACAUGCUCCGAAGAAUUCCAGCCUGUUUGUGGAAGUGAUGGGAUCUUGUAUAGUAAUCCUUGUAAACUAAAAAAAGAAUCUUGUGAAAGAAGAGGUGAUAUUGAGAUAGUUUAUGACGGACGUUGUGACCGUUGUGAAAACAAACGUUGUGAGUAUUAUGCUGUAUGUGAAGACGACGGGAAUGGUGGCGCAAAGUGCGUCUGUCCUCAGUCUUGUGUCCAGUUGGAGUCUCCAGUGUGUGGAAAUGAUGGAGAAACGUACAGAAACGAGUGUGAACUAAAGGUGGCAGCAUGUAACAAGAAACGGUACAUCAAAGUUGUUUCUAAAGGUCCAUGUGAUCUCUGUAAGAAUGUCCACUGUAAAAAUGGAGCCCGAUGUGAAAACGCCCAAUGUGUCUGUCCGUCCGAGUGUCCAAACACUUACGAACCAGUCUGCGCUAAUGACGGGUCCAGUUACACUAAUGAAUGUGAAAUGCGAAGAGCCGCCUGUCAACGAACUCAAGAACUAAGUGCGUUAUUCUAUGGUGAAUGUGACGACGUGGGAGGUUCGGGAGCAGAUGUCGGUUCCGGUUUAUGUGAGAACAAGAUGUGUCGUUUUGGGGGUGUGUGUGACUAUGAUUCACGUCACUUGCCCCAGUGUGUUUGUGACUUCCGCUGUUCUUCAAACAAGGCUCCUAUAUGUGGUUCUGACAGACGACUGUACGAAAAUGAAUGUAAACUUAAAGAAGCGGCUUGCAAGCUACAGCAGGAAAUUCGGGCUGUAUCGAGAGAUUCUUGUGAAAAGAUUUCUGCGACUCCUUGUGAUGGAGAACCACCCAUAGUGGACCCUGUGAGUGGACAGGAGUAUUAUUGUGGUGACGGUCCCGAAAGUAAGCAAUGUCCUCCUAACAGCCAUUGCCACAAAACGACUAGUUUUGCCAAGUGCUGCCGAGAAG